AUGGACGAGAAACCCGAAACAACACCGCCCGCUUACUCGCAGGACAUCGUCACGCAUAGCCCAACACGAUGGCGAGGCAAUAUGCCCUGCGUGUGCAAUCCCACCGGGGGCUGUUCAAGACAUAACCCGACAACAGCUCCUAUAUUCUACAACCCCGUCCUACCAGCCGACAAUCAGCGGCCCAAAACCAAGGAGUUUUUCGUCCGACAGCCGCCAAAGCCAGCACCGCAAGACCCCGUGCAGCCGGGCGAGCCGGUCUCGGUGAGCCUCCCCCUCGACGCAUCGACCGUGGACCCCCUGACGCCGAUCCUGCCGUCGAUACCGUACGCGCUGGCCUGGUACCACGUGCACUGGGCCCGAGCAGCAGCAGCAGCAGCAGAGCAGCGGGACGUCCGGACGGCCGCCGCCCUGGACUGCGCGGGCGUCUGCCGCAUCGGCCCCGACGACGGACCGGGACCGGUGCUGCGGUGGACGGCCAAACCGCGCUGGAUCGGCGCCUCGCUGUUCCUGCAGCAGACAGCCAGCUUCGGCAUCGCGCCGACGAAGCGGCACCCGCUGUACCGCAAGUCCACGGUCCGUCCCAAGUACCAACUCACAGCCUGCCCGCACCUGUCUCACCGCAUCGUGAAGGUGGUGUUCGAGGAGCGGCGCGGGAUCUUCAGUGCCGAGGUGAAGCAGAGGGUCAGGACGAAGUCGCUCCCGCGGCCUCCUCCCAAAUCGCAGCAGCCGGAAAUCUGGAAGAGCAUGUACAGCACGCAGAUCCAGACGUUGACGUCGUGUCCGCGCUGCUGCACGGAUAUGGAGGUCGUGGUGGAGAUGGGCGACCAGCGGGUCGAUGUCUAUGUUGCGACUUUCAGGGACCUGGGCAAGGGCGCGGAUCGCACCGACGAGAAGUGGAUUGCGGCUCUUCGCGGCAAGAGCACGAUGGCUCGGGAUGCGUCUUUGGUGGUCAGGAAUGCGAUGUUGGGGAAUGAGAGCGGAGCUCGGGGGAACAGACGGUGA